AUUCUAAAAAUGUCGGGGCUCUAUUGAGACCAAACAAACAUAAAGGUCACAUACGAGAUACAUCAAAAACAUUAGGGUUACUUUUUGAACCUUUUCCCAAACUUUAGCAUCAUGAGUAAAACGACCCUAUUACUCAAACGACACAUUACCAUAUUGCAAACGACAGCCAAUCAAACCGCCUCGUUUCCUUCGCAAAAACCUGUCAUCUCACAAACUAGUAGUAGUUGUAAUUGUAGUAACUACUAACUACCUCGCAGCGAGCUCAACUACUUGGGUGAGCUACCGCCUCUUCUUCUUCACUAUCAUUACAUUCUUUUUUCUUCUAUUUCCCAAAUUGCAAGCAAGAAAAAUGGAGAAGAGUUCAUGGGAUUACUGGGUAGAAGAAGCACUUGAAAAGCUUCAAUCUUUGAAACUGCUUCGUUCGUUAAGGCCCAUUUACCUCUCUAAUUCCAAAGAAACUCAAGUAUUAGGCGAUGAUUACGAGGUGUUCGAUCAAAUGCAGCCUUGGGAUCGUUCUUCUAUUGAAGUUUCUAUUUCUCAAUCCACAUUUCGUAAUUGGCUCCUUGAAAUUCCCAGUUCAGGAGAUGAGAUUGCAAGUGAAAGUGGAGUAAUGAGUCAUGUUGUUGAGCAGUCGAAGAAAUUACUGUUAUUCUCUGGCAAUGAUUACUUGGGGUUAAGUUCUCAUCCCACAAUUGGCAAGGCUGCUGCUAAGGCAGCUCAGGAACAUGGAAUGGGACCAAGAGGCUCUGCUUUAAUAUGUGGAUACACCAAUUACCAUAGAAAACUAGAGUCUUCUCUAGCAAACUUGAAAAAGAAAGAGGAUUGUCUUCUUUGUCCUACAGGGUUUGCUGCUAAUAUGGCAGUGAUGGUAGCCCUUGGGAACAUCAGCUCUCUUUUGGCUUCAGUUGAAAUGCCUGAGAAGAAGGAAAAGAUUGCCAUAUUUUCUGAUGCACUGAACCAUGCUUCAAUAAUUGAUGGUAUUCGUCUUGUUGAAAGAAAACAGAAUGUGGAGGUCCAUGUGUAUAAACACUGUGACAUGUCGCACCUUAAUUCAUUAUUGUCAACUUGUGUAUUGAGGAAAAAAGUUGUUGUAACGGAUAGCUUGUUUAGCAUGGAUGGAGACUUUGCACCAAUGGUUGAGCUGGUGGAGCUUCGAAAGAAGCAUGGCUUUUUGUUAGUCAUUGAUGAUGCUCAUGGAACAUUUGUUUGUGGCAAAAAUGGUGGUGGAGUUGCUGAAGAGUUUAACUGUGAAAGAGAUGUUGACGUAUGUGUUGGAACUUUGAGCAAGGCUGCUGGUUGCCAUGGCGGAUUUAUUGCAUGCAGCAAAAAGUUCAAGAAACUCGUACAGUCAAGGGGGCGCUCUUUCAUAUUUUCAACUGCUGCUCCGGUUCCUGUUGCUGCUGCUGCCCACGCUGCAAUUUUUGUGGCAACGAAGGAAGAAUGGCGCAGGAAGGCCGUCUGGAGUAGAGUGCAAGAGUUUCAGGCUUUAACUGGAAUCCCCAUCACAAGUCCUAUAAUUUCCCUUAUUGUAGGGAGUGAAGAGAAAGCCCUGAAAGCCAGCCGGUACAUGUUAAAAUCAGGGUUUCAUGUGACUGCAAUCAGACCUCCAACGGUGCCGCCCAACUCAUGCAGGCUACGAGUUACUUUAACUGCAACUCACACAGCAGACGACUUGAAGGAACUGAUAGCUGCCCUAUCCUGUUGCAUCAACUUUCAUGAAAGUGGCGGCCACAGCUUCAAUGGGUAUGCUAGACUCUAGAUCCCAGUCUUGUUUCUCAUAACUUAAAUUACGAACAAAUGAUAAAUCAAGAAGCAGCAUAGUGAGUCGCCGCACAGACAUUUGGCGUGCAGUAGAGAUUAGGUCUCGAUAAGUUGUUCUCUCAAUGUUUCAGCUUAUACCAAAGAUGUAGUCUUUAGGAAGCAUAUAGUAAGCAAUUUAAUUCAUUUUGCAGGCAAGUAGAUUUCAAUUGUAUCUAACAGUAAAUUAAAUCUAGUAUAAUCCUAGGCAACACUUCAUUUGCAUUAAAAUGCAUAUAGUCAUUGAAUAGAUCAAAUAUGAUCUACAAUAUCUUGUGAUGGACGAGUAUUGCAGGUGAAAGUAAAAUCAAGACUGCAAACAUUCUUGCAUUCUUAAUGAAAAACAUUUCAAAUAGGAGUCCAACUUUCUUUAAA